CGUUGCGCGUCCUUAUAAUUUGGAGAGGUGUAUGCAGCGCACGGCCCGUUCGCCUUUCCAGGUGGAAAUCCAGGAGGAGCUGAGACCAAACUUAACUGGGACGACUGGUGAACCCGGUUCAGGACAGGUGAAAUUCCCAGCAGGCUGCCACUAAGGCCACAUCGAUCCAGAUGUAGGAAAAUAUAGUGUUACUCAGCGAAGGUCAUGGAUGAGAUCUCACAGCACCGUGGAGCUUUACCUACAACCAGUUGAAGUAUAACCAGGAGUACCGGGGAUACCCACACAUUAUUUUUGGAUUCAUCAGUUUAUAUAAAAACUCCGGCUUUCUUUUAUCUGACACAAUUUUGCAAUGAAAAGGAUCAAAGCGACGAGGAAUCAGUGAAGCUACUGAUUUGAAUGACCACCGACUCAGAUAAGGAAGGAUACCGUGAAAAGGCGCCGAAAUGAAGGAGAAAUCUAAAACGGCCGCAAGGACUAGACGGGAAAAGGAGAACAGUGAAUUUUACGAACUGGCUAAAAUGUUGCCUUUACCGUCGGCCAUCACCUCUCAGCUGGACAAAGCCUCCAUCAUAAGACUGACGACGAGUUACCUGAAGAUGAGAAUUGUUUUUCCUCAGGGUUUGGGGGAGGCUUGGGGUCACACAAGUCGAACAAGAUCUGCGGACAAUAUUGGACGAGAGCUGGGAGCUCACUUACUGCAGACGCUGGACGGAUUUAUCUUCGUUGUGGCUCCAGAUGGGAAAAUAAUGUACAUUUCAGAGACAGCGUCGGUCCAUUUAGGACUCUCUCAGGUAGAGUUGACUGGGAACAGUAUUUAUGAAUAUGUCCAUCCUGCCGACCACGACGAGAUGACAGCCGUGCUGACGCCACAUCAGCCAUAUCACUCACAUUUCGUCCAAGAAUAUGAAGCGGAGAGAUCGUUUUUUUUGCGGAUGAAAUGUGUGCUGGCAAAAAGAAACGCAGGCCUCACCAGUGGUGGAUACAAGGUGAUUCACUGCAGUGGCUACCUGAAGAUCCGGCAGUACAGUUUGGACAUGUCCCCUUUUGAGGGCUGCUACCAGAACGUGGGCCUGGUGGCUGUGGGUCACUCCCUGCCGCCGAGCGCUGUAACGGAGAUCAAACUGCACAGCAACAUGUUUAUGUUCAGAGCCAGUUUAGACAUGAAGCUCAUCUUCCUGGACUCCAGGGUGGCAGAGCUGACAGGGUAUGAGCCCCAGGACCUGAUAGAGAAAACGUUGUACCAUCACGUCCACGGCUGUGACAUCUUCCACCUCCGCUGUGCACACCACCUAUUGCUGGUAAAAGGCCAAGUCACCACUAAGUAUUAUCGUUUCCUGGCCAAGCACGGCGGCUGGGUGUGGGUCCAGAGUUACGCCACAAUCGUCCACAACAGCCGAUCCUCAAGACCCCAUUGUAUCGUCAGCGUUAACUACGUCCUCACGGAUACUGAGUAUAAAGGAAUGCAGCUGUCUUUGGACCAAAUGAGCCCCACCAAGCCAGCCUUCCCAUACGCUGACAAUCACAGUGAAGACAGGAAGAGCACCAAGUCACGUCUCACCCAGGCAAAGGCCAAAGCCAGAGUGUCACCCUACCCACAGCAGUUUUCAGCUUUCAAUCCAGAGCGUUCGGAGUCAGAUCCAGACAGCCAGUGGGGCGGGAGCCCGCUGACAGACUCUGCAUCUCCACAGCUGCUGGAUCCCAGUGAGCCUGCGGAGGCAUCUUGCGCCUACCGACUGUACCCAGAGUCCGGCUCCCUGUGCUACGGCCUGGGUCUAUCAGAGGACGAUAUCGCACAUGCCCAAACGCAUCCUCACUCCUCCACCUGUGACCGAGCGCGAUGCCAGAGUGGCCGCUACUUCCUCGGAAACCCUCAGUCGGGAAGAGAGGUGUGGUGGGAUGCCACUCGCUCUGUGCUCUCGCUGCCAAAAUCGUCCAUGGAGAACAGCGAUGGCUACGAAAUCACAUCCUACCAUGGAGCCAUCCACGGAAGGGGCCACUGGGAUGAAGACAGUGUGGUGAGUUCACCCGAUGGAGGCGGGUCCACCAGUGAUUCAGGUGAGCGCUACCAUGGUGACCACUUCCGGGCAAACCCUCGAGAGCCCAGCAAGAUGGAGACCCUGAUCCGAGCCACACAGCAAAUGAUCAAAGAAGAAGAGAGCCGCCUGCAGCAACACAAGGCGCCGCUGGACGUCUCAGGGCUCGCCAAAUCUCACAGUCCGUGCUUCACCUCCUCACUCUCACACCACUCCCAGCUGAACAUGCCCAGCGUGGUGUGCCGCGGCCCGGGAGCCCCCAGCAUCGACCCCCCUUCUGAACGCCUACAUCAUCGUGACAGUGUCAAAGUGCUCGGACCGCACGACAAUGACGAAAACACAACCAGUCCUGCGUCUAUGUCCCGUCUCAGCAGUCCCAGCUCUGAUGGGAUCCCCAGGUCGGGCCUGGGCCUCACCAAAGACUACAUGCAGACGGAUAUGUCCCCCCACCCUCCACAGUCCCAGGGGAGCCCGCUGCUCUAUCAGGGCCAGGACAGGCAGCCACUGGACAGGCAAGCAGCCUAUGCUUUGACUGGAUACUCCCUGGAGCACCUGUACGACCCGGAGAACCUGCGGAGUUACUCGGGCCUGGCCUGUGGAGGAGUCCAGUACGAUGUGGCGUCCCAUGUGAGGAUGCAGGCCGAGCAGAUGCAGGGACACAAGGCCACCUCAGUUAUCAUUACCAACGGGAGCUGAUGAUAUCUGGGGCAGGGACAUCCUGUUCUCUAGGUGAGGAUGUUCAGGAAGGUGGUGCUUUAAGCACACGCAAACACAACAGGUGCUUGAUACAAAUGUCUGGACAAUUUAAGAAAAAUAAUAAGAGUUACCUGCACUGGGUUGAGGCGCCCUUGGUUGCUCGUUCAGCACAAUAUGUCAGCCUUUGUAUGAAGGACGAUAUGGACUUGUGUUGAUGAACUGGCCUGAUACUUCACAGGGGCAGAGGUUUGCUCCAUUACAUAAGAAUAUAGUGUUAUUUGAUUGGUGAACUGAGUUCCCCUUCCUGCUAAGGCUACCCAAGCUUUGAGUCUGGUUAAACAUCAAGCCAGCAUUUCUGUUCUCACGUCUCACGCACCAUUGGCCAUGUGAGUUAAUCUGUCCAGGAGACGAUUUCCAAAGGCAGUAAAAAAAAAACGUGUUGUUCCAUUGCCCCUUCACCUGAAAACUCCAUUGCACAGAACAUAAUGUGUGACACAAGAAGUGCAUCAUGGGAAAGGCGAGAGAGUCACUAUUGUAAGAUGUCAAUGUUUCCUGCUAUUUAUUUGUCAGUGGGCUGUUUCUUGUAUUUGACAUUAUUUUCUAUCAAACUCAAAUCUUUAUUGGCCGGAUAAAAUUAGAUCUGCUGUUGGAUUACACCAACAUUACAUUUAAAUAAUUAGGGUGGGAAAACUGAAAUAAAUGGAUACUUCUGAAAUGUAAACAUUUGAAAUACGCAGCUCAAUUGGAAACUGUUUUAAUGUUUAUGUGAAAUGCCCUCAGAGUGCAAAGAGAAAACGCACAAUUUAAAAACGCAUUUGUAAUCUCCUCUUCCCCUGUUAAUGUUGGGAUCUCAAGACAUGUUUUACAUAUCAGAGUAUAAUUCUCCUCCUGUUUUAACCUCACUUAGCUGUUACCACGCUUACUAGCAUACAGUUAUGAAGAGUAUGCGUUUUAAUCCUCAAAUCCCUCAAUUAAAUUCCACAUUAUUGUUCUCAAAGAGAUUUUUCUUUUAUAUUUGUCAUUGCGGCCUGAAGGGUUAAAAAAAAAAAAGGAUACAAACUUAUAAAAAAUGUGUUGAAUGUCUUUAGUUUCUUAUUUAAUUUAUGAUGUAAAUAUCAUCUCACAAUGAACUUUUGAAAAAGAAGUGACAAGAUUAUUUAUUAAUUGGUUU